GUCAACAACAGCAGCUAGCGUUCUCAGCUCGCUUCUGAAGGGUGCCAGAGGAGAGGAGGAGGAAGAAGCAUCUCCUUAUUGCAGCUGCGCGCGCGCCCUUUUUCGCUUCCUUGCCAUUUGUAUCCUCGUAAGCAUCUAGGCUUGCCUUUGCAUGGGCAUGAGCACUCGGGAUCUUGUUUAGCUUGGUGUGAAGUAGAGAUACUUUGCUUUGGAUCGAGUCGUGAGUAUCCGAGUGUAGUGCUGGUGCGUGUUUAGCUUGGUGGGAAGAAGAGAUACUUUGCUUUGGAUCGAGUCGUGAGUAUCCGGUCAGUGUAGUGCUGGUGCGGCGAGCAAUGCUCGCGGUGGCGGCGCGACCGUCCUCCGGCGUGUCGCUGUGUCGUGUUGAUACUGGCGACAGCAUGCCGUUUGCGUCGUGCGAUUCUUGAUACCGGCGCCCCAUAUGCUUUCUUGCUUCCGGCUGCCGCGGCCGGCAGGCGGGGACACGGGCCAGGCCGCGGCGUCCCCCCGGCGGCCGUCGCUACCGUUCGCGACGAGCCUGUUCGCGGCGUCCCCGUCGACGUCGGGGAGGGGGAAGAGCCCGUGGCCGUCGGAGGCGGACGACAUGGAGAAGAAGCGGUGGGACAGCAUGGAGUCGUGGUCGAUGCUGUUGGACACGGUCAUGGGCCCGGCCGGCGAGGGCUCCCGGGACAGCGGGCGGCGGGAGGAAUGGAUGGCCGACCUCUCGCAGCUCUUCAUCGGCAACAAGUUCGCCUCCGGCGCCAACAGCCGCAUCUACCGCGGCAUCUACAAGCAGCGCGCCGUCGCCGUCAAGAUGGUCCGCAUCCCCGAGCGCGACGAGGCCCGCCGCGCCGUCCUCGAGGACCAGUUCAACUCCGAGGUCGCCUUCCUCUCCCGCCUCUACCACCCCAACGUUGUGCAGUUCAUCGCGGCGUGCAAGAAGCCGCCGGUGUACUGCAUCAUCACGGAGUACAUGUCCCAGGGGACGCUGCGGAUGUACCUGAACAAGAAGGACCCGUACUCGCUGUCGCCGGAGACGAUCCUGAAGCUGGCGCUGGACAUCUCGCGGGGCAUGGAGUACCUGCACGCGCAGGGCGUGAUCCACCGCGACCUCAAGUCCCAGAAUCUGCUGCUCAACGACGAGAUGCGCGUCAAGGUGGCCGACUUCGGCACGUCCUGCCUCGAGACCCGGUGCCAGGCCACCAAGGGCAACAAGGGCACCUACCGGUGGAUGGCGCCGGAGAUGACCAAGGAGAAGCCCUACACCCGCAAGGUCGACGUCUACAGCUUCGGCAUCGUGCUCUGGGAGCUCACCACCUGCCUCCUCCCCUUCCAGGGCAUGACGCCCGUCCAGGCUGCCUACGCCGCCUCCGAGAAGAACCUGCGCCCGCCGCUGUCGAGCUCGUGCCCGCCGGUUCUGAACAAUCUGAUCAAGAGGUGCUGGUCGGCGAACCCGGCGAGGCGGCCGGAGUUCAGCUACAUCGUGUCGGUGCUGGAGAAGUACGACCACUGCGUCAAGGAGGGGACGCCGGUGAUGGCGCACCAGGAGCUCAGGCUCUGGCGCUCCUUCGCCAAGAUCUUCAGGAUGGGGUGCAUCACCAACAACUUGUCCAUACCGGUGCAUGCGUGAUCCUUCCAGUAUCACACGUACAAAUAUAUGCUAAAUUGCUGCUGAUCUUCAGGAUAGGAUGCAUCACACAUUCACACUGUAACUGUGCCUACACCCGGCUGCUGCUGCUAUUUGUCUCUGCUUAAUUUGUCUGAGAGACUAGGAAGUAUAUAUCUAUCUCAAAUGACAUAAAGAACGUACGGAACCAAGUGUAACUGAAAUGCGUACAUUUUAUCUUCUUGAUAAUUUAAA